ACUGGAAUCAAAUUUAGAUAACGAUAUUAUCUUCAUUCGGCUGACGAAGCCAUACAUUCACUUCUUUUUAAAAAGAAGAAUGAAAAAGAAUUUCUCAGUGAAUUUUUGCAGUUCUCUUUGCUUCAACACAUAGCUUUCUUGGCAACUGGGCAGUGCUGGAAGGUUUGAAUGGCAGAUUUGCACAUCAAUGGGGGAUUUGCUGAAACUGAAAACCAAUUAUCUUUGCUUCUAUCUGGUUGUAGGUUGAUGUUCCCAUUCUUUGCUUUACGGCUUACUUGGCAUCUAGUAAUGGCCCCGUGGAGAUGCACUUUCUACUAUCUGAAACGCACGCAAGCACAAGUCUCUAGCAUUGUAUCCCGGAUGGAGAGAACAUUACGUGGUUCUUCCGACGAUAUUGGGUGGUUGCAACUCACUCCUGGAAUGGCUCCUUUCGAGGAUGGUACAACUAGAUUCCUGGAACUGCUAGAAGCCAUAAGGAACGGAGAACACACAUUGCCCAAUUCAUUUGUAUAUCUAUUAGUUCCAGGCCUUUUUAGCAAUCAUGGCCCCUUAUAUUUUGUGGGCACUAAGAGAUUCUUUUCGAGAAUGGGUCUUGUAUGCCAUAUAGCGAAAAUCCACAGCGAGGCAUCGGUGGAGCACAAUGCGUGGCAGCUGAAGCAAUACAUCGAGGAGCUUUACUGGGGGUCUGGUAAACGUGUAAUGCUGCUCAGGCACAGCAAGGGUGGAGUUGAUUCUGCCGCGGCAUUGUCCAUUUAUUGGUCCGAGUUAGAGAACAAAGUUGCUGGACUGGCACUGGUCCAGAGUCCGUACGGUGGCAGUCCCAUAGCCUCUGAUACUCUCCGUGAAGGCCAGAUAGCUGACAAAGAAACUCGAAGGAUCAUGGAACUUUUAAUAUGCAAGACAAUUAAGGGUGACAUGCGAGCGCUGGAAGAUCUCACAUACGAAAAGAGAAAAAAAUUUGUUAUGAAGCACAAGCUACCCGAGGGAAUCCCUCUUAUCUCGUUCAGCUCGGAAGCAAUGGUGGCUCCUGGUGUUCUAGCUACGUUGACACAAAUAUCUCAUGCGGAGCUUCCCCGGCUUCCCUUUCUGAAGUUCGGGAGUUCGGAGUUGGACAAUGUCAGUGGACUUGGACACCAGGUGCCAAUAGUAAUUCCAGUUUCUGCUGCCAUGGCUGUAUGUGCUCUCCACUUGCUGUUGAGAUACGGGGAGAGGAGUGAUGGACUAGUGACGUGCCGUGAUGCCGAAGUUCCAGGUUCCGUCGUAGUCAGACCGGAGCAGAAGCUCGACCAUGCCUGGAUGGUGUACUCUUCAAAGAAGAAGAAUCCCGAUGAGCCCGAUGCCACCGAAAUGUGUGAGGCCCUUUUGACUCUACUUGUAGAGCUUGGGAAGAGGAAGCAAGAAGAAAACAAGGAAGCCUGAAAG